CACAUUAAACGACGUCACUUCCCAAUCCACAGGCGAGAAAAAGACCUGCCCUUUCCCACUCCCUCUUGGUUCUCACUCUGCCCUGCAAACCCUGUUUUUUCCAGUAUUUUUUUUAAUAGAAAAUGAGAGCUUUCUGUGCUAUCAGCUCUGCCGAGCAGCUCUCAUUUCUGUCCAAAGGAAUUUUCACUUCAGCAAGGACUCAACUUUCGUUUCCUGCAAAACAAUUUUCUUGUCAAGCAAAUUUCACUGAUUCUGGGACAGAUGGGUCUUUCAACUUGAAAGUGGUGCCUCCAGCCCUGUUAGCAGCAGAAAAAGAAGAAGCCAAGGCUGUUUUGACCUUGUUCUUAAAGAAACAAGGAUUGAGCAAUGCAGUUGCUUCAAGGACCAUCAACAAGUCAGACCCUUUCAUUGACCACCUCGUCUCAAGGCUUCAUUCUGUUCAUAAAUCUCGAUACCUAGUAGGACGUGAGCUUACAACCCUUGAGAUCAGGGAUGCUCUUAAUCCUUACCUUGAAUCCCUUCUCGAAGAGCAUGGGAACUUUAUGGUUGACGUGGCAGAAAACUUUCCAAACCCACCUGUUAAAGAAAAAACAAUUCUGCCAGUUUCACAGCCCAAUCCAACCCUUGACUCUAAGAAGCUAAAGGCCAUGUCGCGAGUGAGUGAGACUGACUCAGCUGGGAAGCUCCGCCCUCAUGUUCUCUAUCUCAUAGAGCUUGGUAUGGAUCUUGAGCAGAUCAAGGGAAUUACGCAAAGAUUCCCAUCUUUUGCCUACUAUAGCUUGGAGGGGAAAAUCAAGCCAGUUGUUGAGUUUCUUCUUGAUCUUGGGGUACCAAAAUCAGAUAUUCCCACCAUCCUCAUGAAAAGGCCUCAGUUGUGUGGAAUUAGUCUCUCUGAAAAUCUUAUACCCACCAUGGCCUUCUUAGAGAAUUUGGGUGUGGACAAGAAACAAUGGGCAAAAGUGAUAUAUCGCUUGCCACAUCUCCUAACAUAUAGCCAGCAGAAGGUUAAGACCACUGUGGAAUUUCUUAAUGAGAUGGGCCUUUCAGCAGAGAGCAUUGGUAAGAUUCUGACACGCAGCCCAACCAUUAUUAGCUACAGUGUUGAGGACAAGUUACGGCCGACUGCUGAGUAUUUCCGUUCUUUGGGAGUUGAUAUUGCUACUCUUCUCUAUCGAUCUCCACAGACUUUUGGUCUUAGCAUUGAAGCAAAUCUGAAGCCCAUGACAGAAUUUUUCUUGGAGAGGGGAUAUAGUAUUGAGGAAAUUGGGACCAUGAUUUCGAGAUAUGGGGCCUUAUAUACUUUUAGCUUGUCAGGGAAUUUGAUUACAAAAUGGGAGUUCUUUUUGACCAUGGAUUAUCCAAAAUCAGAGCUGGUGAAAUUCCCUCAAUAUUUUGGCUAUAGUUUGGAAGAGAGGAUUAAACCAAGGUAUGCACAAAUGAAGGAGUGUGGAGUUUCAUUGCUGCUGAACCAGCUGCUUUCACUGUCAUAUAGUGACUUUAAGAAGGCUUUGGAAAAGAAAAUGAAGAAAAUGGAGAAAAUGCUCCCUGACAAGGAUAAGAGUAGCAACAGUGAUGACCUUUGAUCAGACAGUGUACGAUGAGACUUGUGUGCAGAUUUAUAACAGUACUCAAUGCCUAAUUUCAGGGAUUAUCGUGGGGGUGCAAGUGCCAAGUCAGAAGCCGUUGGUGCUCCUAUGUGGGCAUUAGAAUCGUAUUGUGUCGGGGAAAUUGGAUCGUGUAAACGAAUUUACAGCUGCAUUUGAAAACUAUGGACAUUUCAGUGCUGUUGUGAGCUUUAAUCAAGUUUCAGAGUGCAUGUCGGAGCAUAACGCCGUGCACCAAAGGGACAAAGACACAUCUACCAUCCUGUUCAGCUUGUUUUCUCCAAAAGGGUUACCUGCUCAGUGAUCCUGUAUAUUGACAAAGCUUUCUCCUUGCCAUACUCGAUGACGAGGCGUCGGGGAAGUUUGUUUGGACGCAGAAUGAUUGUCAUUGAAAGCAAUCUGUUCUCAAUUGCAUAGCAUGGUUAUUCCAUUGCUUAUUUCAUUGAAAGUAUUUAGUCCCCAUAUUUUGUUAUAUCUUUAAUGUUGUCCUUGUCUAUGCUUUUACUUCCAUUUCCAAUUUGGCAUCUACACUCUUCCAGGGAGGUAGCCUAGUUCUGCAUCUCUAGUCAUUGUAUAAUUGUAUUGCUAAAAUGCCUUUUUUUGUUGCUCAAAAAAUGAUACGCCUUAUUCUCUGAUAAUACCAUUAUUCAGUUGCAUGCA